AGCUGUCGCAAUCACAUCUCCGAGCACAAUAAAAUCCGAGUUUCAGAUCAGAGGCCAAGACAGAAGCAGAAAGUUUCGGCUUCCGUUUCGGGUUAGUGAUGUUCGGGUGCAAGUGCUUCCAUUGGAAUCAGCUCACAGAUUUAUUACCACCUGAGCCUGAAGAACCCUUCUCUCUGCCUCAUCCCAUUCCUCAAUGGCCCCCAGGUGAAGGUUUUGCUUCUGGAAGAAUCAAUCUCGGAGAAAUAGAGGUUUCCAAGAUAACCAGAUUUGAGUUUAUCUGGGCCUGCACUCCAUCAGAGGACAAGAAAAAACAUGUUACGUUUUAUAAGCCAGCAGGAAUACCUGAUGGAUUCCAUAGCAUUGGUCAUUAUUGCCAAUCCAAGGAUAAACCUUUACACGGUUUUGUUCUUGUGGUUAAAGAGGCAGAGUUUCCAGAAACAGCUGAUGUUGGGGAGAGUGUCAAGUUGCCGGCUCUCAGAGAGCCACUUGAUUACACGUUAGUAUGGAGCCCUGAUGACGGGAAUGGGGACAAUCAUGGUGCAUAUGGUUAUUUUUGGCAUCCUCAGCCACCAGAAGGUUACAAAGCAAUGGGCUUUUUAGUGACUAACAGGCUUGAUAAACCUCGGUUGGAUGAAGUGAGGUGCGUUCGAGCUGAUUUGACUGACAGAUGUGAAACUUACCGCCCAGUUCUUAAUGCGAUUACAAAAUCUCUAAAUCUUCCUUUCCAAGUUUGGACUACAAGACCACAUCAUCGGGGAAUGAUGGGGAAAGGGGUUUCUGCCGGUACAUUUUUCUGCACUAGUGACUCCAACGUUGGAAAGGAUGUGCAUAUUGGAUGCUUGAAGAAUUUGAAUCCGAAGCUGCCUGGAAUGCCAAACCUUGAUCAAAUUCAUUCGCUUAUCCAUCAUUAUGGACCCACCGUAUUUUUUCAUCCAGAAGAGAUUUACUUGCCAUCUUCUGUUUCAUGGUUCUUCAAAAGUGGAGCGCUUUUGCACAAAACUGGCACGUCGGAUGGUGAGGCUAUUGAUGGUAGUGGCUCAAAUUUGCCUGGCGGGGGGUCAAAUGAUGGGGGGUUUUGGAUUGACUUGCCGACUGGUGAACGAAGAGAGAUAAUAAAACGCGGAAACUUGGAAAGUGCAGAACUUUAUGUUCAUGUGAAACCGGCUCUUGGUGGGACUUUCACUGACAUUGCAAUGUGGGUGUUUUGUCCCUUCAAUGGACCAGCCACUCUCAAAGUUGGGCCUCUGGACUUCCCUCUUAGCAAGAUCGGACAGCAUGUCGGUGACUGGGAGCAUUUCACACUCCGCAUCUGCAACUUUUCUGGAGAGCUCCAGAGCAUAUACUUCUCGGAGCACAGCGGUGGCAAAUGGGUGGAUGCAUAUGAUUUGGAGUACACAGACGGGAACAAAGCCAUUGUCUACUUAUCCAAAAAUGGACAUGCGAGCUACCCUCAUCCCGGGACUUUCCUUCAGGGGUCAGACAAGCUAGGCAUCGGAAUAAGGAACGAUGCUGCUCGCAGCAACUUAUCUGUGGAUUCAAGCAUUCGGUAUGAGAUUGUUGCAGCCGAGUAUCUUGGAAACGGGGUUGUGAGUGAGCCGGAUUGGCUGCAGUUUAUGAGAGAGUGGGGUCCAACAAUAGUGUACAAUUCAAGAACUGAGCUUGAUAAGGUUAUCAAUGUCUUGCCUGUGGUGUUUAAGUACAGAUUGGAGAACAUAUUUAAUAAGCUUCCAGUUGAGCUUUAUGGGGAGGAAGGUCCUACUGGACCAAAGGAGAAGAACAAUUGGGUGGGAGAUGAGAGAAGCUAGGGUUUUGCUUGGUUUGUGAGAGAAAAACCUACCUUCAUGAAUUACUUCUUGUAAGCCUAAGUUGUAACCCUAUGUAAUGUGUCCAUUUUUGUGUAUAGAUAUAUACAAUAUAAUGUGUGAUACAAGCUUUUUGAGAACGUUUUUAGUUUUUA